UGGUCACACGUGCAUUUCUACACAAAUUUUUUUUGAAGAAAAUUUACUAAAAUUUAACCAGAAAAGCUAACAAAAUAGGGAAACAUAAUUUCAAUAAAAAAUGAGUGAUAGUGAGGGGGAAGAACAACCCAAACGCUCCAAUGAGCCGAUAGAAAAUGCUUGGGCCAUGAAAAUACCAAACUUUAAACCAGAAGACAAUCCUAAUGGUUUGGUAGAGGAGUCGGCCUUCGCAACCCUAUUUCCAAAGUACCGUGAGAAAUACCUUAACGAAGUAUGGCCCCUGGUGCAACAAGCUGUGGCUGAGCACAAUCUUAAAGCCGAAUUGGAUUUAAUAGAAGGCAGUAUGGUGGUGAAGACAACACGUAAAACCUGGGAUCCCUAUAUUAUCAUCAAAGCCAGAGACAUGAUUAAGUUGAUGGCACGUAGUGUACCAUUCGAACAGGCCAAACGUGUGCUACAAGAUGAAAUCGGUUGUGAUAUUAUUAAAAUUGGAAAUUUAGUGAGGAAAAAGGAAAAGUUUGUGAAAAGACGUCAGAGACUUAUUGGGCCCAACGGAGCCACCUUAAAAUCUAUUGAAUUAUUAACAGACUGUUAUGUUUUGGUUCAGGGCAACACGGUGGCCUCUCUGGGUCCCUAUAAAGGUUUGCAACAAGUGCGUGAAAUCGUUAUAGACACCAUGGAAAAUGUACAUCCCAUUUAUAAUAUCAAAGCCUUGAUGAUCAAAAAGGAGCUGAUGAAAGAUCCCAAAUUGGCAAAUGAGGACUGGUCACGUUUCUUGCCCAAGUUUAAAAAUAAAAAUAUCAGCAAACGUAAGCAACCGAAGAUUAAGAAACAGAAGAAGGAAUACACACCCUUCCCACCGGCUCAACCGGAAAGUAAAAUUGACAAAGAAUUGGCUUCUGGUGAAUAUUUCCUUAACAAGGAACAAAAACAAGCGCGCAAACAACAUGAACGUGAAUCGAAACAAGUUGAAGCUAGUAAGAAACAACAGGAAAAACGUCAAAAAGAUUUCAUACCUCCAACCGAAGAUUUGCCCUCAUCAUCGAGAAAACGGCCUGCUGGUGAGGAUAACAAACUGGAUGUUAAGGCUCUGAAAGCUAAAGUGGCGAAAGCUAAUAAGAAAAUGAAAUCGUAGAGAAUAGAAUUAAAAUUUAUUUUAGUUAAUAAGAACAGUUUUUUUGCUUUUCCUUAAAUAAGUAAGAUUUUAUUAAUGGAUUUUAUUUAAUUUACAAUAAUAAAAGAUUCAAAUAUAAAAAAAAUAUAUUUUGGGUUGAUAAUACAAUGGAAA